UAACCCAUACCAGUGAUCGCUUGAAUAAUUCAAAUCUUUCAGCUAUAAACGUUUGAGAUAGCUAGGUUUAAAAACUAAUUGGUUAGGAACUACUGGGGCUACACUUCGUGGAAACUCAGUAUGACGUUACAGUUACAUAUUUACGUACUUCGCGUAUUGAUUUGUUUAACAACAAUCAAUAUAACAAUACUUCCGGCAUUGGUCAUGUACUGGCGUACACUCAGGGCAGUCAAAGUUGAACCGACCUUCUGUUACUCUGAAGAUGAUUUGAGCUCAGCUAACGGCAAUCCUGAUUUGCUGAAACAGCUAAUUGUACUGAAUGACAAGAAUACAGAUCGAAACAAACACUGCGGCAAACUUAGUGACGUACUUAACAAAUUCGUAACACAGAUAACUGCCAAUAAAUACAAUAGUAAUGCAUUCCCAGAAUACAUUCCUCUCAAUCUUGAGAAGUGCAACUGUAGCAAAACUCGCAGAGAAGAAGACAAGAUACAUCUCAAACAAGUUGCAUCUUAUGCAAAGCCUGUUCGAGGGCAGACAACAAAAGUAUUCUGGGAGUUAAGUUCAAACUCAGGAAAUAUAGUUAGACAUGUACAAGAAGACGGUUCAAUUUAUGUACAGAAAACGGGCAAGUAUUACAUAUCAUCCCAGCUGACAAUAAAAGUCGAAAAUAGCACCAUGCCUUUUGACCAGAAUGACCAAACAGUUAGGCAUGUUGUACACAUGAUCUCGUUUAAAGAAGGCACCGAGAAAAUUCUUCUUGAACAUGUCAGAUCUAUGUGUGAAAUGGCCGAUGAACAUGCAGAAAUGACAAGUAAUGUGGAAGCAAUCUUUCACCUUGAGGAAAAUGAUCGAAUUUAUGUGACAACAUCACAUCCAUACUACAUUGUCUCUGGUUCGGGAAGUAGUCAUUUCAGUGUCCACAAGGUAUAGAAUAAGAGAGUGCUCUUUAUAGUGAGGCAAUCGUGACUGCUCUCUGUAGUGAGGCAAUCGUGACUGCUGUCUAUAGUGAGGCAAUUGUGACUAAAUGUUAAUUAUAACGAUUUUUUCUACCAUAAAUGAAGGGUUCCCCUGAUGUCUAUAAAACUAGAAAUUAUGACAUUUUACGUGUAAUUCCAAAACAUCGUGCAACACAGUGUACAAGGUUAAAUAAUGUUUUAUGUAUGUGUACUGUAGACAGUAUGUGUAUUUAAAUGAAAACAUUGACGAAAAGGAUUCCACACUACAAAGUCCAUACAACUUAUAUACAUAUCAGCAGUCUUGUUGCGAAUGUCUUCUAUAUAUUGGGAGAGAAACUUUGUUUCGUGACAUAUUAUAAAAGAACAUAGUUGUAAGCGUUGAAAAGAAAUGGGCCUGUCAACUAAAGUUUGUAAAUUUGUGUAAGAUGAUGUUUCAUUUAAACACAGUCUCAAUCAAAACCUUUAAAGUACCAGUUUUAAUUAAUGUAUGAUGACGAUUGAAAGAAGUUACUAUUUCUAGAAGUUUAUCUGAAUAGUUUAAAUCAAAACAAACGAAAAACAGACACUUUGAUCAUAUUUGAAUUACUCUAUAUGAAUGUUUUAAGUUCUGGCAAAAUGCACAUAGAAGUACCACCAUCGAUCAAUCGUUUUUUAUCAUCAGUUGGGAUUUAAAUAUAGGGUGUUGUAUUAAUCUGUGAAAUUCACGUUGUAUUUCAGACCGAAAUAUCGUAAGUGUAUAACGAUUAAUCUUUUAUGUUUCUAUUUUGGUGUGUUUCAUUGUUUCAUUGUUACAGAUGUAUUAACAGUUAUUUUACUAAUUCAUUUUUUCUCAACGACAGUUUCGAUCACAAAGUGUGUGUCUAUGUUUGAAGGUUCCCUCUUUUUCAGUUCUAAACUUUUAUUUGUAUCUCCAGAUAAUAUACCGAUCAAAACAGCUGAUCCGUCUUUUGAUAAACGGGCAAUAUCGUAAGCAUUACUAAAAGCAUUAUCUUGAACUUCCGCAUACCCUCAGAACUAUUGGUUGUAGAUAUAAAAAAUCAACAAAAUGAAACUCUGACAGUAUAUAAACUUACUCAUUUCAAGACCUCGACUCAUUAUUAAAAACUCAAGUGAUAAUUAAAAUAUAAUAACUUUGUUGAAGAAGAUUGUUUGAUAUUUGUGUAAUAUCUAGCUUUUUCUAGUAAAAAAAUCAAAAUUUCUUCUUAAAAGUGGUAAUCGUCCUUUUGUUCUAAACUACAAUUUUUAUAUGUAUUCUUGUGACUUUUGGAAAUAUAAAAUGGGUCUAGUUACUUUGGCAUGAGCAGCAUGCUUGUUUUUAAACUAGUAGGCCAGUUUCCAAUUACAACACCUUCAUUCUCCCCAGUAAACACCUGACGUCGUAACGACGUUAUAUCUUGAUGUGAUUUUGGUCGCGACGUCGGCGAUCUAAAUCCUGCAUUUAACCGACGUCAUAUCCACAACGUUUAACAGUUGACAGAAUUAGACGCCAAGCGGACGUUCAAAUUAGUUUGCAUAUGAAUUCUGUUGAAAGCCUUUUUUGUUAUAGAACUAACUGGUAUAAUUUAGAAAACUAGUAUAGUCUAAAGAUAUUUACUUGUUUUUCUUAAAGUCACCUGAACUUGUGCUUAUAAAUAAUAUUUAUUUCGACUAUUAAAAGUAUUAAUAAUAAUAUUAAAAUGCAUAAGAUCUUCUGUGUUCAGACUCGGAUAUUAUCUCAUCAAUGCUAAACUGUUCAGGGAAAAAUAAAUUCUGUGCAUGUGAAAAUACUCUUAAGAUUCACUUAAAUGCAUUCUUCCACACUUCUUGUCUAUUAGUCAUACAUUCGCAGAUAGACAAGCAUCGGUUAACACCGUCUUCCGGUGAUUUGAUUUAAGUUGGAGGUUAGAUUGGGCAAGAUUAUAAGUACUUUACACAAAGGAUUCCGCAAUGUGAGUAACAGAUUUUUAGAAAUUACACUUACUUUAAUGAUGAUACCAAAAACAUGUUACACUUUCUUUGCUUAGUUUUAUUUCACUAAUUGACCCAUGAUGUUUGUAAAUGUAAAAAAAGCAAUUAAUUGCGUUAAACAAAACUUCAUUACGUUUGACAAAGUUAUGGAAUAUUUUGUACAGAAUUUAAAACGUUACAUGUUUGUUUUGCACGCAGUUCUUAUGUUCUUUAGCAAUAGCACUAGCUUAUAUGUAUAAGUUUUCGAUUUCUGGAAAAUGUUGACACGGAAGAAACUCUCGAAUUUUAUACAUUUCAUGUCAAAGUUUUAGCAGAGAUGAAGAAUCGUGCAAGAAUGACCAGACUCGACAGUUUCAUUUAUUUGAUCACUACAAUAUGAAAUAAAGAUGAGAAAAAUUCA